GCAGAUCAUCCUACAAUUGAAGAAAGAAAAUGUGGUAUAUAAAGAGGAACAGCAGGGUUCCUGCAAUCCUUCAAAUCAAGCCUUAAAUUCAGUUCUCCAAAAUGAACCCUGGAGCAACUCCCAAGCUGAACUCUUCUGACAUACUAUUGCAAAAAUGAAGUCUGUUAAAGAAGAGUUAAAAGAGGAGAGUGAAGACAUCAGUAUUGAGUCAUCCAGAAAGAAACAUGAAGAUACUGAAGAACAAACAGAUUUGAUAAAAGUGAAAGAAGAAAGUCAAGGACUGAAUGACGUGGAGGAGAAACAUCAUGAUCAUAAAUACGAUAAUAUGACUGGUGAAGAUUUUAGUGGCUCAAAGACUGAGAAUAAUUGCUCUCAGAAAAGAACUCGAAGAACAAUAAUCAAAAAUUAUUUUACCUGCUCUCAAUGUGGAAAGAGUUUCACACUAAAGGGAAACCUUAAAACUCACUUAAGACUUCACACUGGUGAGAAAACUUUCACCUGCCUUCAAUGUGGAAAGAUUUUUGCACAUAAAGUAAAUCUCAGGUGUCACAUGAGAAUUCACACUGGAGAAAAGCCUUUCACCUGCUCUCGGUGUGGAAAGAGUUUCACACAGAAAGGACCACUUGAUGUUCACAUGAAAAUUCACACUGGAGAGAAGCCUUUUACAUGCUCUCAAUGUGGAAAGAGUUUUGCACAUAAAGGAAGUCUUAAGCGUCAUGUGAGAAUUCACACUGGAGAGAAGCCUUUCACCUGCUCUCAGUGUGGAAAGAGUUUCACACAGAAAGGACCACUUGAUGUUCACAUGAAAAUCCACACUGGAGAGAAGCCUUUUACAUGCCCUCAAUGUGGAAAGAGUUUUGCACAUAAAGGAAGUCUUCAGCGUCACAUCAGAAUUCACACAGGAGAAAAGCCUUUUACAUGUCUUCAGUGUGGAAAGAGUUUCACUCAAGCAUGCAAUCUCAAACUUCAUCUGCGCUUUCAUUCUGGAUUAAAGCCAUUUAACUGUAAUCAGUGUGGCAAGAAAUUUACGCGGCCAACACAUCUAAAGGGACAUAUGACAACUCAUACUAAUGAGAAGACUUAUGUUUGUUCUUUUUGUGGAAAGAGUUUUGUUUCAUCAUCAAUCCUGAAAGCACACGUGAGAGUUCAUACUGGAGAGAAGCCAUACAAAUGCACUUCAUGUGGGAAUAGUUUCACCCAGUCAAGUAAUCUAAAGUUUCAUUUAAAAAAGGGCUGUCCAAAAUUGUCAUUGAGCCAAAAGGCUUUAAAUUUCGUCUCCAACGACAACAUAAUUGACGUUGGAGCAUAUAAAGUGACCACACUGUCAGCCCUAACUGAUGGUCAGACAUGUAGGAAAUUUAAAACCUCUCCAUUGGCCAUAACUGAGGAGGCAGAGAGAGCUGCCAAAGAGGUCCUCUGUUCUCCUUCCCCAUUUGUAACCGGGGAAGAAAAGGAGAUCUUCACAAGCCCUGGGUACCUGAGUCUGCGUGGAGAUAUUGAAAAAGUGCAAGUGCCUAGGAUGACUCGGGGCCAGUAUCCCCUCCUGGACCUUUCUUUGAGGUCUGGAACAAAACUUCUGGAGGUCACUUUAUGGAGAGAUGAGGCAUUGAAGGUCCUGUACGUCGGGGAUAAGGUGGAGGUCAGCCACCUAAGGGCAAACAUUCGGCCCAAUGGAGAAGGCAAAUUUGACUCCUCAAACUAUGCGACUGUCAAGAUCGUAGAGCGGCAGAUCCUUGAAGCAGUGCUGACAAUAAUUGGAGUGUCCGAAGAUGAUAAUAUGAUCAUCCUUUUGGACAGUGAACUAGAAGACUAUGCUGUACCAAGUCAUUUUUACCAUGGCAAUAUAAAUGACUUGGUACAGCAGCUGCCAAUUACAUUAAAAGUCCAGCAUAUACAUCAUCGUGUGCUGAAACUUGAGGCCGUGGAUACAACUGAGGCGACAAAAUCCCUGGAUACAGCCGAGGAUGCAGAAUCCCUGGAUACAGCCGAGGAUGCAGAAUCCCUGGACUUUAUCGAGGCCGCAGAAGCCGCAGAAUCCCUAGAUGAAAACACAGAGAGGUGUAAUAAUCAUCCCUUCCUACAGGGGGCGAUAGAUAGAACAACUGCAAGUAUAACAUCUGAAGUUAACUGGCAUACUAUUAUAAAAAUGCAGUGUGUUAAAGAAGAGUUUAAAGAGGAGUGUGAAGACAUCAGUAUUACAGAAUCAUGCAGAAUGAAACAUGAAGAUACUGAAGAACAAAGAGACCUGACAGAAUUAAAAGAAGAAAGUCAAGAACUUGAAGUGAAGGAUAAACCCCAUCAGUAUCACACAUUUGAUUACUUCAAAAACAGUGAAGAGCCUUUUAGUGGUUUAAAGACAGAAAAUAAUUUCACUAAAAGAACAAGAGACACACAUUGUUUCACCUGCUCUCACUGUGGAAAGAUUUUCGCACACAAAGGAAACCUUAAAACACACUUAAAACUUCACUCUGGAGAGAAGCCUUUCACCUGCCUUCAGUGUGGAAAGAUUUUUGCACAAAAAGGAGAUCUUAAGAGUCACAUAAGAAUUCACACUGGAGAAAAGCCUUUCACCUGCCUUCAGUGUGGAAAGGGUUUCUCAGUGAGAGCAAACCUUAAGAGUCACCUUCGACUUCACACCGGAGAGAAGCCUUUCACAUGCCUUCAGUGUGGAAAGAGUUUCAUACAGAAAGGACAUCUUCAGCGUCACAUGAAAAUCCACACUGGAGAGAAACCAUUUACAUGCUCUCUAUGUGGAAAGGGUUUUGCACAAAAUGGACAUCUUCAGCUUCACAUGAGAAUUCACACUGGAGAAAAGCCUUUCACCUGUUCUCACUGUGGAAAGAGUUUCACUCAAGCAAGCAAUCUCACAGUUCAUCUGCAGUAUCACUCUGGAUUUAAGCCAUUUAACUGUGAUCAGUGCGGCAAGACUUUUACGGGUGCAUCAAAGUUAAAGUUACACCUGAUAUCCCAUACACAGGAGAAGCCUCACGUGUGUUCUUUUUGUGGAAAGAGUUUUAUUACAUCAUCAAUCAUGAAAGCACACGUGAGAGUUCAUAGUGGAGAGAAGCCAUUCAAAUGCACUUCAUGUGGGAAGAGUUUCACUCAAUCAAGUAGUCUGAAGAUUCAUUUUAAAAAGCAUUUUUACUGGCAUACUAUUAUAAAAAUGAAAUGUGUUAAAGAAGAGUUUAAAGAGGAGUGUGAAGACAUCAGUAUUACAGAAUCAUGCAGAAUUAAACAUGAAGAUACUGAAGAACAAAGAGGCUUGAUAGAAGUGAAAGAGGAAAGUCAAGAACUGAAUGACGUGGAGGAGAAACAUCAGAAUCGAAAGCUGCUUAAUGUCAAGGCUGGUGAAGAAUUUUUUAGUGGCUCUAAGAUGGAAAUUAAUUCCUCACAGAAAAGAACUCGAAGAGCAAGAGCCAAAAACUAUUUUAUUUGCUCUCACUGUGGAAAGAGUUUCACACAAAAAGAAAACCUUAAUGUUCACUUCAAACUUCACACCGGAGAAAAGCCCUUCCCCUGCCAUCAGUGUGGAAAGAGUUUUGCACAAAAAGGAGAUCUUACGCGUCACAAUAAAAUUCACACUGGAGAGAAGCAUUUCACCUGUUCUCAAUGUGGAAAGAGUUUCACACAAAAUGGAAAUCUUAAGCGUCACAUGAGAAUUCACACUGGAAAGAAGCCAUUCAAAUGCCAUCAGUGUGGAAAGAGUUUCAAGCAUUCAGACUAUCUCACACUUCAUCUGCGCUCUCACUCUGGAUUAAAGCCAUUUAACUGUGAUCAGUGCAGCAAGACAUUUACAUGGCCAUCACAACUAAAGGUGCACAUCUCAACUCACACAAAUGAGAAGCCUCACGUGUGUUCUUUUUGUGGAAAGAGUUUCGGUACAUCAGGAGCCCUGAAAUCACAUGUAAGAGUGCACACUGGAGAGAAGCCAUAUCACUGUACUUCAUGUGGGAAGAGUUUCACUCAAUCAGGUCAUCUACUGACUCAUAUAAAAAAGCAUUGUCCAAAACUGUCUUAGUGAGCAAUGUUAAUUUCAGGGUCGAAAUGUAAUACAAUGUCAUUUCAUUAGAGCUGCAUUCAUAAAAAUAUAAAAUGUUUACAUUUAUUCAUUUGGCAGAUGGUUUUAUCCAAAGCGACAUACAAAAGAGGAACAAUAAAACAUACGCAAUUCAUUUUAAGAAGACCGUAAUACAAAAAGUGCUGCAUAUAUAUAUAUAUAUAUACAUAUACACACACACACUUCCAGCCAAAAGUUUGGAAUAAUGUACAGAUUUUGCUGUUUUGGAAGGACAUUGGUAAUUCACCAAAGUGGCAUUCAACUGAUGUAAAAAAAAAAAAAAAAACACCAUCACUAUUUGAAAAAAGUAAUUUUUGAUCAAAUCUAGACAGGCUCCAUUUCUAGCAGCCAUCACUCCAACACAUUAUCUUUGAGUAAUCAUGAUAAAUUGCUAAUUUGGUACCAGAAAAUCAC